AUGGUCACCCCCACCUCGUCCCAGAUGGAGCUCGAUGACGUUUUCAUUGUCGGCUAUGCCCGCACCCCCAUCGGCUCCAUCGGCGGCCAGCUGGCCAGCGUCACCGCGACCGAUCUCGCCGGCCACGCCAUCACCGCCGCCCUGAAGCGCUCGAAUGUCCCUGCCUCGGCCGUGCAGGAGCUCGUCAUGGGUCACGUCAUCUCGGCCGGCUGUGGCCAGUCCCCCCCGAAGCAGGCCGCGGUGGCUGCCGGCCUGCCGGACUCCGUCAUCUGCACGUCGGUCAACAAGGUUUGCUCCUCCGGCAUGAAGGCCGUCCACUUUGCCUACCAGUCCAUUGUGAUGGGCUACUCGGACGUGGCCAUUGCCGCCGGUACCGAGUCCCUCUCCCAGGCCCCCUUCCUCAUGCCGAAGAAUGUCCGCAAUGCCGGCUUCCGCUAUGGCAGCCAGACUCUGACGGACUCCAUCCAGAACGACGGCCUCACCGACAGCUUCGGCCAGGCCCUCAUGGGUGACCUGUCCGAGCAGAUCGCCCACAAGAUGUCCAUCUCGCGUCAGGAGCAGGACGCCCAUGCGAUCGAGACGUACCGCCGUGCGAUCGCCGCUCGCGAUGCCGGCGCCUUCGACCGCGAGAUCGUCCCGGUCACGGUGCCCGGGGUCCGCGGCCGGCCGGAUGUCGUGGUCACCUCCGACGAGGAGCUCAGCCGCGCGGCCUCCCCGGAGAAGAUCCGGUCCCUGCGGACGGUGUUCACCCCGCCCACCGGGGCCCAGCCCACCAUCACGGCGGCCACCUCGUCCGGCAUGAAUGACGGUGCCGCGGCCCUGGUCCUGGCCAGUGGGGCAUGGCUGCGCGCCACUCGGGCCCGCCUGGUGGCCGAGGGUGCCCCGGAGACCUCCCUGCCGGCGGCCCUGGCCCGAGUGGUGUCCUGUGCGGAUGCCGAGCAGGACCCGGCCCUCUUCUCGAUUUCUCCCAACCUGGCCGUGCGCACGGCCGUCGCCCGGGCCAAGCUCUCCCUCGAGGACAUCGGUGUCUUCGAGAUCAAUGAGGCCUUCUCCGUGGUGGCCCUGGCCAACCUGCGCCUGCUGGGGCUCGACGACCAGAAGGUCAACAUCUACGGCGGUGCCGUGGCCCUGGGGCAUCCGCUUGGGUGCUCUGGCGCUCGCAUUGUCGUCACCCUGCUGAAUGCCCUGGCGCAUGGGCCGCUCGAUGCCCCGGAGGGCAAGGGCGCCAGCCGGUAUGGCUGCGCGGCCAUCUGCAACGGUGGCGGCGGGGCCAGUGCCUGCAUUGUCGAGCGCGUCAAUCCGGACGGCUCGCCUGUGGCCACCGACUCGUGCUGA